UAAGCGCUGCUGCUGCUGCCUCUGGCACCCAUUCCCCGAUCGCAUCCAUCGUCCCGGCCAAAUUUUGCGACCUAAUCACCACUUGGUACUCAUUUCGUGGUGGGUCUUCGUUGUGCCUGGUGGGUUUUCGCUGUGGAGCGACGACAGUGGUGAUAAUCUCAGUGGGGAAUCACCGCGUUUGGCUGUAGUCGGUGCCAUCCCUGCGGACUCUUAAUUUGCUCGUGUAGGUUUUGGGUUUUGCUAAUAACAUUGAGAUAGGGAUUGUCGGUGUUAUAUAUAUAUAUAUAUAUAUAUAUAUAUAUAUAAAAAUAUAUCAACAAUUAUUUUUCUUUUCUUUGCGUCUUAUGGGUUUAGUAAGAAGGUAGAUGAUUUACCCUUGCUGAAGACGCGACUUGAAGAGCAGGGGCGUGGUAUGAUGCGAUAGGGUAGGGGUUUGCGCAAUCGGAGUGGUGGUGGAGGAGGAGGAGGAGGAAUGCAGGAUGCGAUGGAAGGGUUGUAGAGAUUUUGGGGGCCAAUUUAGGUUGUAGGGAUGUCAUGCCAAUUGCAGCCGGGGGCGGAGGGCUCGCUUUCCGAGUCUGUGCAUUUCCCUCCGACCAGCAGUUUCCUCGAGCACCAGGGGUACCAAGGGGACGUGAGGAUGGGAAUGGCGCCUCCUCUCUCGUCUUUCUCCAGGGCACCGCCUCCAAGGUCCCCUUUUUUGCACGACGAUGGGAGAGCAGGAUCGCGUUACGUUCACAGCGGGGGUUUUGAUAGGCAGGGAUACGAUUACGCUGUGCACAGACACAGUUGCGGUGACCACCUCGAGUUGCAUUCCGGGUCUUUGCUGGAGCACCUGUUGCUGCAGGAGAAUCAGAAGGCUCUGCGAAUUGCAAGUCUUGUGCAGUCACAAGCCUCCGGAUGCCUUUCUGGAUGUCUUUCAUGCGGACUAGGUGAGAAGAGGUUGAGGUAUAAGGACUCUGAGGAGCGGAUGGUCGCAGACCAGCGGCAUUGUUGCCCACGUAGUGUUGGCGAGGAGCCCUCUAGGUCAGUGAAUUUAGGCGCGGAAGCGGACCCUGUCGAAUGCGCAGAUGAAUGGUUCCGACAGCCGCGUCCUCGUGAAUCUGUUGGGGGUGUUGGAGAGCGUAGUCAGGCUAAGAUUUCUUUCUUUGAGGACGAGCUUGGACGUUCGCUUUGUCAGGAGAGGCGAACCGUAUUUCCAGUUUCCCGCCCAGUGCUGUCGCAUUCACAAGCAAGUCACCACAUACACGACCACCAGGAUCAUCUUGUUGGGGCCCAAGAGAGCUCUGUGCCUAUAUAUGGCUUCAGCGAUGGUGAUGGUAGAGUUCGACAAAGAUGGCCGAGUCAACGACCGGCUUACUCAGGGAAUGGCGUCGAGGUAGAUGGCUGGCAAAGAGCAACUAGGUCCGUGUCGAGGGUGGGAUCAGUAACCGCGACUGAGCAGGACCGCCUGUCGUUGCCGGAUAUAGCAGCAGGGUCAUUGCCUACAGUCUUGGUCGGAAGCCCUCAUAGGCCAGUUGGAGAUGCCAGUCGUCCAACGCAGAGUGCACGUACAACUUCUCAAAAUCUACUGAGGAUGUCGAACUCUGUGGAACCCUCGUCUCGGGACAAGCCUCUUCAGGAGGCGAGUACUCAACGGGUGGUCACCCAAGGUCCAGUCUCAUUGACUGGCUGGUACAUCAUGAAGGUUCAAACUGCUGACGUUGGCAGAGUGGUGGAGACGAAAGUCGCUGUAGGAGGUCGGCUUGUACAGGGUGGAGAGCAUGUCAAAACUUCCCCCAUCGUGAAUCGUUUGGAUUUCCAUAAAGUUGUUACAGAGGAUGGCGUUGAAGUGUCUCUGGAGGGCAGUAUGGACUUGGAGACUUCAACUGCAAAUGGUUUUUCUCCUGGAAUUGUUCAGUGUUUGUGUAAUGGUUUUCCCUACAUGUGGAAGCAACUUUUGAGAGUGAGGCCUGUCGGGAUGUCUUCUAGCUUGGCUGUAAGCGAGAGCGUCGGAGGCCUUCAUCCAGUAGCCUCUAAGUGUGUCUCAGAGGACGAGAGCCAGGGUGUUGUUGAUCCAAAUAUCUGUAAGACAAUUCCGAAGGGCAUUCCAGGUGGUUCAAGAGAUUGUGAGGGUAACAGUACAGUAGGUGAUGUCGGCUCUGAUGCAGUUGCUGCUGUCGAUGAGCCUUCGGUAAUUCAAAGGAUUGCAUCAGAUGCAGUUGGGUCAAAGAGAGUGGAAACAGAGGCAGUAGUCACUGCAGGGGCUGAAACAUCAACUGCGGUUGAGACGGAGCCAGUGGACCCAGGAGGCGUGGAGAGGUGUGAACCACCAAAUGCAUUUGAGAUAGAGGCAAUGAUACUAGGAGGAGGAACUACUGUGAGGGAUGAACCACCGAAUGCAGAUGGAAAAGGGACAGUGGAGCCAGAGGGGGAGGGCAUUGGAAGGGCUAAUACAUCAAAUGCGAUUGAUGAGGGUUGUCCUCUCGAUGUACCGUCGCAACAAGCAUGUGAUCCUUGUCCAACCAACUUCGAUCCUGUUCCAGUUAGUAAUCCACUUGACACUGAUUCCUUGGGUAAAGAAGCUGAGAGUGGUCCAACUGUCGAUACGACCUUUGUUACGAUGCGAAGAGGUCGUAAGAAUAAGAAGGGUCCUCCACAACCAGUUCGUAGCAGUGCACGACUACAGCAGCGCCGGACAAAAUCGGCUGAAUCUAUGCCCAAUUUAUUUAAGUCUUCAGGCCCUGCUCAAGUAGAACAAGUCACAGUUAGUGGGGAAGUUACUAGAGACAAUUCUGGAGAGCAGGAACUUGGUGAAAUCUUGCCAGAUGUACAGCGAGCUGCAAAUGGACGUGAAAAAAUAACCAGGACUAGUGAUAUCAUUGGAGAGGUUUUGAAAGAUCUGCAAGAAGAGGAUAUGGAAGCUGCAAAUCAAGGUGGAGUUCCUGGAGCAGGUUUUGUCGGCAUUGUUGUUGAUCCACAACCAAUACAAGUGGAGAUAUCAGUGCAGGUUCAAGAUUCUGGUAAAAACCUCUUGAAAGACAGGGAUGAUGUUGAGGUUCCUAAGUUGAAUGAGAAUGAUGCUACCGAGGACAGGAUGGAAAUCGAAGAGAAUAAAGAGAUGGCUCCUGCCGCUUCUUCCGACUUUGAAAAUGAGAAGAGUGAAGAGACAGCCCAGGCAGCUCCUGCAGCUACUUUCAAGUUGGUAAAUGAGGAAAUGGAAGAGGCGGCUCCUGUGACUCCUCCUGAGUUGAUCCAGAGAAAGGUACAGUCGCGAGUCGAUUCUCGUUAUAAACCCAGUUCUGAAGCUUUGCCACAAGCAAGCGAGGAACGGGUGUCUCCUGAGCUCAAUGCCCGUAUGACACGGUCAUUGAAACGGCGACUGAGACUGUCUGCGAUUUCAGAGCCAGUAGCUGAUGUUGCCCCUGUUACUCGGUCUUCAAAACGUUUACGAAGACCUGUCCCAGAAAGUAACUCAGAACCCUCCAUUUCCCACCAAGUGGGGGAUCCGCUUGUGCAGCCAGUUUCUAAUCCGGACCUCUCCCAUCAAGUGGAGGGCCCAAGUAUGGAACCGAUUUCCAAUCCUGUGACACCCCACCACGGAGAGGUGAAUGGUUUUCAUGCGAGAGUACGAGACCUCAGCACAAGACGUGCAAAAGCUGUCAAUUGCUCCAACUGCAAGAAACCAUGCUCAUCUCAGGAAGUAAUCAAGUAUAAGAAUCGUAUCGCGAGCAUUGGAGCUACUCCCGAGCACGCGGUAGAGAGAACUAUGAAGACGGAACAGGAGGAAUAUCCGCCAUUGGAACCUCAGCGCACUGAAAGCACCCCUGGGACCUCUUCGCUGCCCAAAAAAGGAGAAACGAACACCUCUUCUGCGAAACGUCGAAGUGGUCGCCCAAAGAAAACGAAGUCUGCUAACCUGCCUGCAGAGCGACGAACAACCAGAAGACUAAAGCUAGAUGAUUCAGGGGAAGGGCCCUCCGAAGGUCAUAAUCCAGUUCCAAGCAAGCAAAGUUCUCGUCGAACGUCCAUAAUGCCCCCUCCAUUACCUUCUCCUCGUGUGCAGGGCGGCUUGAAAGGUAAAGUCCCUGAAGCUUUUGGCUUGAAAACAUCUCGGUCAGGACGGCUGUUGGUCCCUGCACUGGCUUAUUGGCGGAGCCAAUCUAUUGAAUACGAUAAAGACGGCGGCAUUAUUGCAAUAUUUGACGGUUUCCAGGCGACACCAUCUGAUACUGGGUGUUUUAAUUUCACCCCUCCUCAAGAGAAGCAUGCAAAGAAGAUACAAGAGAAGCUUUGUAAGGCGGCAGCAACAGUUAAAAAACGCAAGUAAGUUAUGCGGUUACUGUGGAGGUGUAAAUCCAGAUACAUGCAAUAUGUUUCAAGACUAGUUAUGUUUGUGUGCAAAUUUUAGAUUCAAUGUCCAGAUCAUUUUGCUGAAGCUUCUGCAUGUCCCUCCUGUAGUUGAAUUUAUGUUUAUGCUCAAAACUAAGUGUGGGCAAGGGACUUGGAUUCUUGAGAUGUAAAAAUAAAGUUGUCUCUGGUCAUUGUUGUGGGCUUUCUCCAAGAACCCUCAUUACUGUCACAUAGUUCAGGUCAUGUUGUAAGGGAAAAUCAGACUAGUGGUGAGCUUGAAGGUGUCGAGCACAACUUCUGAAGUUGAAUUACUUUUGUGCGUAGAUAAUAUUGCAGAUGAUCACAAUUAUUGCAGAAUUUGUUCUUUCGGUGCAAUAGCACCCUUGCUGUAUAGUGAGUCGUUCCACCUAAGUUGUUUGUAGCUUCCGAAGGUGAUCUGUUCACCACAUUUCAUCUUCGGGACUUUUAGAAGGUUUAUUAGUAGGAUCUUCGGUGGCAGCUAAUUUACUGAAACAGUAGAAGCAAUUUCAUGCGUCCUCAUUUAACUUCAAUACUCAGAAGCUUCAGCACACAA